AUGGUUUACGGUUUGGGAUCUAAUUAUUGGGGAUCUCUUGGUUUGGGACACAAUCUAUACGUCAAUGAAAUCCAAGUGAUCGACAGAUUGUGUCACAAGAAUAUCACACAAUUCUUCAAUGGAUACGACUUUGUAUUAGCACUCACUCGACAUAAUGUUCUCUAUGGUUGGGGUUAUAAUGAUUGUGGACAGUUAGGUAUGGCACAUAAGAGUUCGGAUCACUUAUACGCAGAACCGGUACCUUUUGAUCCCAAAUUCAUAGGUAAUAAGUCUAUUAAUCAAAUAAGUUGUGGUUAUUAUCACAUAAUGAUUCUCACGAGUGAUGGUUGUGUCUAUGGAUGGGGUGAUAAUAUGUUCGGACAGUUAGGUUGUGGACCAGACAGUGAUAUACAAAAUAGAGAAACAUUUCGAGUGAAUUUCAAUCCUAAUCACGAAAUUAAAAGCAUUUAUUGCAGUGAAUACUCUUCAUUUGCCAUCACAUCCAAUGGACAGGUGUUUAGUUGUGGUCGAAAUGAUUGGUGUAAUUUGGGACACAAUUCAUCGGAUAAUAUAUGGGAACCACAACUCAUUGGAUACAUGACUGUUGUUUCCGAUGUGAGUCAAUACAAACGUUUGUACGAAGACUUGCAAUCAUUAGGUUCGGGAGCUUUUGGGGAAAUAUUUGUUGUUAAACAUAAAUAUGAGGGACGAGAAUAUGCGGUUAAGAAAAUUAUAUUUGAAGAUAACCAAAAUUUGUUGGAAUGUUACGAAGAAAUGAUAAAAUUGAUAAAAGUUAGGUCAGAAUAUUGUGUACAAUAUAUGAGGCAAUGGAACGAUGAAAAAGUGUAUUACAUUCAAAUGGAGUUAUGUUCUCAUAGUCUGCAUAAUAUUCUUCAACACAAACCACAAGUAUUUGGUCGACAACCGGGAGAACCCAUGAAUUCAAUGGAGUUUUACAUUUCGUGUCAUAUAUUCAAAGAGAUCUUAGAAUGCGUUCAAUAUUUACAUGAAUUGAAUCCACAGAUCAUUCAUAAAGACCUGAAACCCGACAAUAUAUUAGUAGCGAAGAAUGUAAGGAAUGGCAGGUAUUUAAAAGUGGCUGACUUUGGGUUGGCGUUACUGCACUCCAGGUCAUCUGGAAGUCAUACCACAGGAGUAGGAACUCUUCAAUACAUGGCACCGGAAGUUAGACUGCAAACUAAAUAUACACCCAAAGCAGAUAUUUAUAGCCUGGCAGUCAUUGCCCACAAAUUGUUUAAUUUGAAUAAUUUAACGUAA